AUGAAUUGGUUCGAUUUUCUCAUCUUUUAUCCAGUCGGCCUUCUUUACCCUUCAUUCAGAUUAUAUGUUUCCCUAGCCAGACGUAAAUCCAUUGAUAAUUUCCUCAAAUACUUUGUUGUUUUCGCAUUUGUUUUCUCAAUUAUCGAAACAAUUAAUCUUAUUUUGGGAUCAUUCUGGAUUUACACUUUAUCAAAGGUUGCUGUAUUAUGGUUAUUAAUUGUUUCUGAUUUCAAUGGAGCUGUCAUCCUCUUUGACAAUCUUAUUCGCACAUUUAUGAUCUCGAUGCCAUUCCUGGUCCAAUUUGGCUACAAAUCACAUUUCUCAUCAAAUUCUCAAUUAGGAAAAGAUGUUUCAUCAUACAUUCACAUGAAUUUCAUCGAAAGAUAUCAUAAGAUUCUUGAUGAGAUUGAUAACUAA